UCUAAAACAGCCGACAUCUAAAGCUUGACCUGAUUUUGGUCUAUUUCAGAGGAAACACCUUUUCUCUCACCUGCUGAGAAACUUUUCAGAUUGUAUGACGGCGUAGAGACAUUUGUGAUGUUUAUCGGAUACCAGCGCAGCUGUCACAGCCUAGUGGCGGCCAUGUUGGAUGCCCACCCAGAAAUUGUUAUCUCACCUGGGUACCAGCUGAUAGAGAAAUGGGAACAGUACCAGUCACCAGAACUUAAGGAGAAACGCAUGCAAAAAUAUCGUUUAUUUUACGAUCUUCACCAGCAUUCCUUGGAGCAUGCUAUGUUCAUUACACGUGCUAGCAGCGAAAGUUGCCUGAGGCAAGAGUCAAAGUACAACUACCAUAUUCCGGGUCUAUGGCAAGGAGGAUUUCAGCACAGAAUUAAGGUUAUCGGUGACAGGAAAGGGAAGGAUACUGCACUGGCAUUGACCGACAAGAUGAGUAUUCUAGACGAAAUCCGUGAAGUCAUCCAAGUACCAAUCAAAUUAAUACACGUCAUCAGGAAUCCCUUUGAUAACAUAGCAACCAUGAUGCUUCAUGCUGUAGAGUCAAGUGACGCUGUAAGAGGGGGUGGAUUAAAAGUGAGGGCCAGAUAAUUAAACUUUAAUACAACAAAACCCGGAGGAGGAGAUUCCUAUAUAAAAAGGUCGGGGAUGCUCCUCGGAAGUUCUGAAUUAAAGUCCUAACGGAGACCAAUCUGCGCGUGUCUCGAGCUUUAUUUGACCUUUAAAAGAUAGUUUCGAUUUCCAGCCGCUGUUCAGGAGAGGAGCCCGCGCUGGUACACCGGACUAGCGAGACCGGCGGAAAUCGAGCCUAAAAACGGAAAUA